AUGGAGAAGCACGAUUCGCCCUCGGUCAACCAAGUUGAACUCGAGGCGACCUUGACCGAAGUUGCCAAGGUAGCGACAAUCCAUAACACCAAGCUCCAAAAGGCUGCUUUGGAAGGCACCGCCGAUGAACACGAACUCAGCAUUCGUGAUGCCAUCCGAGCCUAUCCCCAGGCCAUCAUGUGGGCGCUUGUGUCGUCUACCUGUGUCAUCAUGGAAGGCUACGACACGAACCUCCUUUCCAAUUUCUUUGCCUAUCCGUCGUUCUUGAUCAGGUACGGCCGAUACGUGGGAGUUACUCCAGAGACCCCCACGGGAUACCAGUUGACCCCGGCUUGGCAAGCCGGACUAUCUCAGGGCGGAGGAGUCGGCUCUGUGUUUGGCUGCCUGAUGUGCGGCUACUUGGUGUCCAAGUAUGGCUCUCGACGGGUGCAGCUAGCAGCUCUGGCUGCCCUCACUGCCUUUAUCUUUGUCGUCUUCUUUGCCCCCAACUUGCCCACGUUGGUUGUUGGCGAGAUUCUCUGCGGUAUCCCAUGGGGUAUUCUCGCCACAACAGCCCCGGCCUACGCUUCGGAAGUUCUACCACCAGUUCUCCGGACCUACAUGACGUCGUAUACGAAUAUGUGCUUCAUCAUUGGCCAGCUGAUUUCUGCUGGUGUUCUCAAAGGACUCUCCACACGCACCGAUGCAUUGGGCUACAAAAUUCCCUUUGCCUUGCAAUGGGUCUGGCCCGUGUUUCUCAUUCCUCUCAUCUGGAUGUCGCCCGAAUCUCCCUGGUAUCUGGUCAGAAUGGGGAAGCUGCACGAAGCCGAAGAGUCUCUGCGCCGCCUACAGUCGCCAAAGGCCACCAACGUCGAUCCUCAGAAGACACUUUCCACAAUCAUUUACACCAACAACCUCGAGCAGCAGUUGCAGGUCGGAACCAGCUACUGGGAUUGCUUCAAGGGCUUUGAGCUCCGCCGUACCGAGAUCGCUUGCGUCGUCUUUGCUGGUCAGAUCCUGUGUGGAAUCUGCUUCGCCUACAACAGCUCCUACUUUUUCUCCCAAGUUGGUCUCGGAACGAGCACGACCUACUCUCUUGCGCUUGGAGGAACCGGCUUGGCAUUCUUUGGCUGUCUGGUCAACUGGUUCGUCCUCAUGCCAAACUUUGGCCGACGCACGAUUUACGUCUGGGGCAUGGGCGGCAUGUGUUUUGUGCUCAUUCUCAUCGGUAUUCUCAACGUCUGGACUCACAUCUCGGCCGUCGCCAUGACACAGGCCUGCCUCACCCUCCUUUGGACUUUCAUCUUUCAGCUGUCUGCCGGCCAGCUUGGCUGGGCGCUCCCUGCCGAAAUGGGCUCGACUCGUCUUCGACAAAAGACCAUUUGUCUCGCUCGCGACUCGUCCAACAUUAUGGGCACCAUUGGCGGCACUCUGCAGCAGUACUUUAUGAACCCGCAGGCGUGGAACCUCAAGGGUUAUACUGGGUUCGUCUGGGGCGGUACUUGCUUUUGCAUGUUUGUCUGGAGCUACUUCCGUCUGCCUGAGACCUGGAACCGCUCGUACCACGAGCUCGAUAUUCUGUUUGCGAAGAAGGUCCCGGCGCGCCAGUUUGCGACUACCGUUGUCGAUCCUUUUGAUACAACUGUCAUUGAUGGCAUCACUGGCAAAAUCAACAACGAGGCCGUCUAA